AUGCUUGGAAACUUAAAAAUCUGUCUGACUUUGGGAUUGGGCUUAAUUCAAACUGCGAAGGCCAUGCCAGCCUUUGCUCCACCACCAUCGGUCUCUGGAUGGGUGAGGAAUGGUGAAGCCCUCUAUUUUCAGACCAACGAUAAAGACAAUGCCGUCGUCUCGGUCAAAAUUAUGGAAAAUGGAACUCUGGGGCAGGCACACUCGUUCUACACUAAUGGUACCGGUGCCAGCAUGAUAAGUGCCGCUACCAACAUGACCACAAGUCCAGAUGGACUCAGCAGUCAAGGUGCUAUCGCUGUUGUUGGCCACAACAUUUUUGUUGUCAAUGCUGGAGACAACACAGUCUCCAUGUUCAGCAUUGAUGAGGAAGAUCCUGCCAACAUUACUCUCUUGGGUGCCCCAGCAGCGGUUCCCGGCGAUUUUCCAGUGACCGUCGCAGCCUCGGCAUUGAACAAUUUAGUGUGUGUCGGAACCAGCGGUACCAGAUCUGGUGUUGCGUGCGCACCAUACUCGCCUUUUGUGGGCAUAGGCAAGAUGGACUUUUUAAGACCUUUCGAUCUUGACCAGUCCGAGACCCCAGUUGGCCCACUAGAUACUGUGUCGCAAGUUUUGUUCUCCGACGACGAAACGAAGCUUCUCGUCACCGUCAAGGGCGCACCUGCUAUGGGCAAAACCGGGUUUCUAGCUGUCUUCCCGGUAACUGGCCAAUGUUUAACUGGUGAAGCUAAAGUUGCUGCCUCUCGCAUCGAGUCUACUCUUAACGGCACUGUUGCCUUGUUCGGGUUCGAACAAAUCGCCAACUCGAACAGAUAUUUCGUGGCUGACGCAGGUUAUGGGGCUGCUAUUAUUUCUGUGGAUGAGAACACCGAUUCGUCUCAAUUGCUUCACAAGCAGGUUAUUUCUGAUCAAAAAGCUACAUGUUGGGCCGCCAUUUCUCCUGCUACGAAUUCAGUGUUUGUCACCGAUCCUCUCGUCAACCAUAUCGUGGAAAUGAGUUUGAUUGACGCUUCAAUCACCUCUGUUAUUAACACGACCACGACAAACGAUGCCACCGGUUAUAUUGAUUUGACUGCAGCUGGUAACUUCGUGUAUUUCUUGUCUCCUGGUACUACACAAGGUAGCGGUGCUGAAAUCGCCGUGUUGUCGGUGGGUGAAGGACAAUCGAAAAAAAUUAUUCAAUCUUUCAAUCUCGGAUCAUUGGCGGGUUCCAGCGCUCAAGGUCUGGCUGUUUAUCCCUAG